GCUCCUUUGGGGGCAAGUGUCAUGCCUGGGUGGGGGUAUCUGUCAUCUGUGAGGGGGGUAUUGCGACCCCACUAGGGGGAAUCUUUCCCCCUCCUCAGGGCGUCUGUGACCCCCGGGGCAUGUCUGGCACCCCCCGCAUCACGUGUGACCUUGGAUGUAUCUGCCACUUCCAGGGUAUCCUCCCUCCCUUCCCCCCAUCCCCCACCCAAGGCAUGUCUCACACUGGAGGGUUUCUGUCUCGCCCCAGCUACAGGUGACUGCUCUCCCCCAGGGUAUGUGCUCCCCCCCUCCACGGGACACCUGUGAUCCCCUGGAGCACCUGUAAUUCAAAGAGGAGUACCUGUCUCUACCCUGUGGCCAUCUGUGACCCCACAGGGGUACCUGUCCCCACCAGCAACAAUCUCUUACCCACUGUGGUGUUCCCGCCCCAGUCACUCACAGAGACCCUGUGGUGUUGGGGAGUCAGGUCCUGCCCUCUGUGAUGGAGUCAGGAAAUCAGGCCACCUCCCACGGGAGGGAAAGAGAAACAGGCACAGGUGGAUUUUGGCUGGUGCUGGCCCCAGCCAGGCACCAGGAGGAUGAAUCCCAGCUGCAUGCAGGGUUGGGGGGGGCAUGAUAGGCAUGAGUGUCAAGCCAGGACACAGCAGGGUGCACUGUCUCCUCCCUGCCCUCAGUGCUGCCCAACCCGCCACAUUCCCACACCCCGUGAUCAGUGGCCAAGGGUUGUGCUGCGCCACAACCUUUGAGAGGAGCUGUGCUCGUCCCACAGCACCUGGAGCCCAGCUGCCCCCCAGUGCUGCCGUCCUGACUUCCUGUCGCCCUGGCAGAGCGAUGGCAGCGGUGUUUGCUCUGCUGGUGCUGGUGGCCUGGCCAGCUGCCACCGCAGCAGUGAGGGUGACGCAGGACUCGCUGCUCAACGUCUGCAUGGACGCCAAGCACCAUAAAACAGAGCCUGGCCCUGAGGGGCAGCUCUAUGGGCAGUGUGUUCUCUGGAAGGACAAUGCCUGCUGCACUGCCAACACCAGUUUGGAAGCCCACCAGGACCAGUCCUACCUGUACAACUUCAACUGGGACCACUGUGGGGUCAUGCCAGAGAAGUGCAAGCGCCACUUCAUCCAGGACACGUGUCUCUAUGAGUGUUCCCCUAACCUGGGGCCAUGGAUUGAGCAGGCAGACACCAGCUGGCGGAAGGAGCGGAUCCGGGAUGUGCCACUGUGCCAGGAGGAUUGUGAGCAGUGGUGGGAGGAUUGCCAGGAUGCUGUCACCUGCAAGGUCAACUGGCACAAGGGCUGGAACUGGACUACAGGCACCAACCAGUGUCCCAAGGGUGCCAUGUGCCAGAAGUUCAAGUUUGUGUUCCCCACGGCGGCUGUGCUCUGUAAGCAGAUCUGGUCUGGCUCCUACCGCUACACGUCCUACCACCGUGGCAGCGGUCGCUGCAUCCAGAUGUGGUUUGAUCCCGCGCAGGGGAACCCCAACGUUGCCGUCGCCCAGUACUACGCCCGUGGCGGUGCUCCCCCAAACUCCCUGCUCUCCGUCCUGCUGUUCCUGCUGCCCCUCACGCUCCUGGCCCCGCUCUGAGCAGGAGUGGCUGCAGGCAGGAUCAGGCAGUAGAUGGUCAGGGGGGUGACCAGGCUGCCUUGUGCCCCGCCAUGGGAUGUCCCCAAGCUGUGUUGCUCCUAGACACGAGGC